CAAUUUGUAAGGCGCAUCUAAAGCUUUGCGGAUUGUAUAAAAAUUAUGAAUAUCUCUGUUUUUAAAUAAAUGUUAUGGAUUUAUAACUUCAAAAUGGUUCGCCAAACUCUUAUGACGAAGUUUAUUAAAGUCUUGUUGCUGUUCAGUUUCUGUACCAUUCAUAUUCAUGCUACAACUCACUGGAUGGUCACCGAGACUGGUUUAAUUCAACCCAGGGAAAACUCCCCAUUUAUACUGGCCCGUUCUUAUGAUUUAAUUGCAUUCCUUAAUCAAGACACACGCUGGACUAACAUUGUGAACCUGUACCAUGAUCUUUGGAGAAGAAAUGAUCUCAUUAACGAAAUGUGGGUAGACUUGGAGAAAUGUGUAGAUGUUAAUUUCCUACUUUCACUCGAGAAAUAUUGUGUUAUGAGUGCACCAAUAAGUUCUAUAAAUUGGUACAGUGCAUUACUUGAAGAAUCAUUUAAAAAGAGUGAACCUGGAGACAAUAUGGAAAAGGGGAUUCCUGAGGAAGAUUUUUUACUCUAUGCUCCUUCUUACGGACAUGACAAAGAUGUUCCUGAUUGCAAGAAAUUAUCCUCGCUUACAUUUAGCAUGAGUGCUUUUGAACAUUUAGAGGGAAUGUUGAACAGGGAAAAUUUGACAGGUCCUUCUGAGUACUCUAUCCCAUCACAUAUAUCUACUAUUAUGACCAUAGAUCAGUUUGGUCACUGGAUCACAAAUAGUUUGCGGAAAAAUGUCACUUCUUGGCUGCAUUAUAAUUUGGCAGCAUUAUAUUGGAGGACCCGAGGAGAUGUGCCCAGGUCUAUAGAAUGCAGUCGUCGGGCUUUGCAUUAUGCUCCAAGGUAUUAUAAAGAUGUAGCGUUGCUCAAUCUCGGCACUGUGCUGCACAUCGCUAAACAGACAGAAGAUGCUAUCACAGUUCUAUUGGCUGCCGUAGACCACGACCCAAAUAUAGUGAUCAAUCAUUACGCUUUAGCUAAUGCUUAUGCGGUCAUUGGUGAUUUUAAUAGUUCCAUAAAACAUUACGAGAUAUGUAUGACUAUGAAUCCAGAGUUUGAAAGCGCCAUGAGACAUAGAGAUGGCGUUUUGUGUCAUGCAGGGAUGCGUACCAGAUUGUCGGCACUUAAGGAGAAGCUGCUUAUAUUGAAAGAUGAAAUAGAAGAAUUCAACCGCAGAGAAGUGCACUGGAUGAACUCGCAAACUGCCUUCGUGAAAACCAUGAGACAUGAAGAAGAUUCUGAUAUGUACAACGUCGAUAUGGUCUGCGAAAAGAUGUCUCUAAUAACCGGACUAAAUAUAAAAGACUUGAAAAAGUACGGUAACAGGAAUUAUUUGAUCAAAUAUUUCUUUGAUCGUUUAGUAGUUAACCCAAAAUGGACCGUAGAAAAAGGGGUCCAUGCUAUAGAUUGGGUUUAUAGAAUGCAAAAGUUUUACAAACAUAUACAGAUGCAGGAGGAGUAUAAAAUAGACUUUGUGUACGUUGAUAACUCAACAGUGCCCAGAGAUGUUCAGAUUUUGAAGGAAAUUGGACCGUUACCAGUGAUACCUGAUGUUUUUCCUGAUGUCAAGGAUUCGUACUUUGAGGAUACAGAUGUGAAGGCGGCACCUCCGCCACUAAUUGAAAAGAAAACUCCGCUUACGCCAGCCGAAAAACUGUUAUUUGAAUUUGAAACUGGCAUUAUUUUAUAUCCGCCUACAUUGAAAGUGAACCGCAAUUCUGAGGAUUUCGACCGCGACUCGGACUGGCCGUCCAACCGGUUGUGUAAAGAGACCGCCCCCAGCACUCCCAAGUUCCUGGAGUCUAUAUACCCUGUGUUCCUGCCUUUUGAGAACAAGGGAUUGAGAACAAAAUCGCUACUGACGCACAAAAUCGGAGUGCCGGUCAAUGUGGAGCACGACGUGCCGUGGCACCCCCCGGUCUGCGUUCAGGACAAAACAGCUUCGUUUUCAAACAAGAAAUCGCAAAAACAACAGUUAUCAAUAGAAGUGCAACCCACGGAGUAUUUACGACAGAAACUGCUGCAGUAUGUGGGCGACGGCGACGUGGAAGCGGCCAAGCAUAUGCAGGAGGCCGAAAUUGGACAAAGGAUAUAUGCUGUCAUGCAAAAGAAAAUAGCUCCGAAAUGGAUGAUCCACACUCUAGCGUCUCUAUACUGGCGCGUCCGAGGCAACAACGUGAACGCUCUGAAUUGCCUGCUGUCCGCUGGCAAAUCUGUUGAUAAUAAAUACAAGGACCUCGUGCUGGUUUCCUUGGCGUCUGUUUAUUUAGAGAUGGGCUAUUUUGACGAAGCGCUGGUGGCUGCGGAGUCGGCGUUCAGAAUUAGUUUGUAUGAGCCAGCAACAAACUUCCUAUUAGCAGAACUGAACAUGGUGAAGAAACAUCGAAACACUCAUAUAUUCCAUUUGAAACAAGUCGUUCGCAUAGAGCCCACUUUCAUGGGAGGUUUGGCGCGCAUGUUGCUCAACGGGUGGUCUUGUGUGAUCAAAGAACUCAAUUCCGUGCAAGAGUUAGAUUUUGGUGAAGGUGACAUUUGUACCCAAGUAGAACCCGGCAUGAGUAUGGUGUGCGAAAAGGACGGCACGAACUGCCACGUCACCAAUAUACAGUGCUUCAGCAACCAAGAGAGAGCGGAAAGCAGUACAAUAGUCCGUAUGCUUGAGCUGAAAGACGAUAAAACCCAGCAUUCGUCCGCCGACAAGAUGGACGACAGUAUUUUCGACGUGUUCAUAGACAAUAUGCCGUCGGAUCCCGGCGAUAGAGUGGCGCACGAGAAGAAUUACCAGUCUAUGGUCAAUGUUAUACAGACGGGGCUGCAGGGCUGUGGACCAAGGGGUUGUCGUGAUAUUCAACCUGACGACUUAGCUUUAAAAGAAGAAGACUGCUCAUAUCAACAUUUGCAACUAGGAUACUGGCUUCAUAUUAUAAGUUUUCGACAAUUGCUCACUGAAGCCAAUUCGAAAUUACCUCAAGAGAUAGCUGCACUAAACCCGUCGAACAAGAAAGUUCCAGAAUGUAAGAUAUUCUCCGACGCGUCCGAAGACUUCUUUCUAGAAAGAAUCGGCCGCGUGGACACUGAUGGUUGGGAACCGGUAUUGUCUUUAAUGCACCAGUUCGCAGAAGUUUUCAACUUCUACGAUUACGUCGUGCUGGGAGCUAAGAUCGCGAAAUAUGUUGACACGAAGCCGCGGUCGUGGGUGGGGCUGGCGGCGGCGGCGUGGUGGUGCGGCGCGGGCGGGCGCGGCGCGUGCGCGGCGCGCUGUGCGGCGGCGGCGCGGGCGCGGGCGCCGCGCGCGCUGGCUGCGCACGCGCUGCGCCCGCUCGCCGCGUUGCUGCACAUGCAAUCGAAGCAAAAAGACGCUAAAGAUAUAGCCUACCUCUCUUUCUAUAUGCAACCAAAGAGUAAGAUAGAAGCAUUCCUUGUGGCUGUCUCACACACGUACAUGGAUGAAUACGAGCAAGCAGUUUGGAUGUAUCGAUACUCGCUCACGUUCGACGAUAAAUUCUUGCCAGCCAAGGCUUGUCUCCACGCCACCAUGUGUCUAAUGCUUUUCGGGGAAACAAGCAGAAAUAAACUCAAGCACGACUAAAAUAAAGCUCAUUCACCUUUAUACACUAUGAUAUAUUAAAUACGCAAUUUCAAUUUAUCAAAAAUACAGUAAAAAUAUUAAUGUCUAUAUCUAAGCUAUGAAUCAUAUCUCGAAAAUAAGUAAUUGGUGUCCAUACAUCUUAAAUAUAGUUACAGUUCUUUGUCAAUAUAUAGUUACAGUGUGUGGAUUUAUCAGUUGAAUACUUGUUGCAGUUGUAUGUUUAUUUGGUGACAAACAUGUUUUCUUAUCAGUCAUUGAUGAUCAUGGUUCGGUGUUUUCAGUUGUCAGCAAAACGAGAAACGUUAUGUUUUUCAUUUAGGUAUGUGAUAAUUAAAUCGUUUCUCACUCAGUAAACUGUGAUCUAUAAUCUUGAAAAACGGCAUUGGGUAUUUUUUUAGAACUAUAUUUUGUUACUUUAUAGUAGCCAUACAGACAUAGCAACCCCUCAUAUAAGGGAAGUAAAUGCGACUCGAAUAUGGCAAUAUGUUGCAUAAUUAUAUUAGUUUGCAAUAUUUAUUACCAAAUAAAUAUACAAGAUGACAACACACAGGUAAAUGCAAUAAAUAUGUAAAUUCCAUAUAUUAUAGUAACAACGAUGAAUGUACCAAAACCUGCUCAUUAAAAUGUGGCUCACUAUUUAAGAACCCAUUAGAAUAGAAUAGAAUAGAAUAGAUUUAUUUUCAAAAUUGGAUACAAGGUAUCACUUAUUGACGUCACAUAACUUAAAUCUAAUUAUAACUACUACCGCUUCCAAAGCGCAUGUGUAGAAGAAGCGGCGGAACAAACUACACUGCAGCAUUUUCAUAGGACGUCAAUUUACAAAUAUAGAUCUCUUAAAUCAAAAUCGUGGACGAAUGCACAUUGUCUACAUUAAAAAACAUGUAUGAAUGUAGAACUGAUUAUGUCAAUACGAAUAUUUCGUCAAAUAAAAUAAAUAUAAAAUAAAAUAUGUACAUACUGUACAAAUUAUGUCAAGAUCAUGUCAAAAUACACAAGAAUUAAGAGGCUAUUAUGUCCAGCUCGGGCCACACAUGUUUAUCAUUAAUAUAAUCAUCCGUGCUGUAAUAGGCUUUCCUACAAAGCUCAACUUUAAUAUACUGUUUGAAUUUUCUAUCAUUCAUUUCAAGAACACUUUUUGGUAAUUUAUUAUAAAAUCUUAUACAAUUAAUCAGAAAUGAUUUCCCUACCUUAGCCAGCCGAUGUGCUGGGAUCGACAACUUGUGAUUGUUCCGCAGUGAUCUACUAGUACAUUCACCUACUUUUUUGAAAGAGUCUAAGUUUUUCCUAACAUGCAUGAUGUUAUCGAAUAUGUAUUGGGAGGGCAAAGUUAAAAUAUUUAGGUUUUUGAAAAAAUCUCUAAGGGAAUCUCUUUGUUUAAGACCGUAGAUAUAUCGAAUUGCCCUUUUUUGUAAAAUGAAAAUAGUUUGUAUGUCUGCUGCUGAUCCCCAAAGCAGUAGACCAUAUGACAUUAAACUAUGAAAAUAACUAAAAUAUACUAGCUUA